AUGGGAUUCGCCUCCAAGAUCGCCAACGCGCAGAUGAACUCCGGCUCCGGCGUCUAUGGGGGAGCUCCCCCUACCGGAUACACGGGCGGCCCUCCUCCUGCUGGUGGAUAUCAGCAGAAGCCUCAGCAGCCUCAGCAGCAGCAACCUCAGCAGUAUCAGGCUUAUUCUGGUGGAUCGUCUUCAGGUUAUCCCCCUCAGCCGCCUCAGAGCGCACCCUACCCUCCCCAGAAUGCACCUUACCCCCCUGGCCCCCCUGGAGGCCCUCCCGGAGCUCCUCGUCCCCAACAGGGGCCUCCCGGAGGUCAGUUCGGACCACCUGGCGGUCCCGGCGGCGCACCUGUUGGGCCUGCCACUCCCCAACAGCUCGACGCGUACCGAGGGCUCCUGAUUGCGACAAUUCAAGAGAAAGGUCUUCAGCAUUUUUACCCUCCUGAUAAGCUAGAUAGGCUGGUACAAGGCCUUUCUAGAGAUGGACCUGCCAAGGUUAACAGGAUCGUGAACGAGUUCAAUCUGCCUAUGGAAAUAGCCAUGGAUGUUAUCAAGCUUUCGCUUUAUGAUAUUGUCCUCUACGUUGACGACAGCGGUUCAAUCGAGUUCGAGGAGAGAGGCGUGAGAAAGGAGCAGCUGAAGCAAAUCCUCGGCAUUGUUGCGACGGUGGCAUCCACUUUCGAUGAGGAUGGUAUCAACUUACGUUUCAUGAACAACGAUUUCAUCCAAAACAACAUUCGCAACUCGCAAGAAGUGGAACAAGUCAUUUCCAAUAUACGUUUCUCCGGUAUGACGCCAUUAGGGACUGCGCUGAGGGCCAAGGUGCUUGAACCCUUGAUCAUAGGCCCGGCAAGAGCCAGUCGCCUGCAGAAGCCGGUUCUGGUCAUCUCAAUUACCGAUGGGCAGCCAGCUGGAGAAUCUCAGGAUGCUGUGUCGCAGGGAAUUCGCAACACUAUUGAUGAGGUUUCGAGGACUCCGUACGGGCGAGGUGCGGUUGCGUUCCAGUUCUCGCAGGUUGGAAAUGAUACCAGGGCUCGCGACUUCCUCGGCAGUCUGGACGAAGACCCCAGCAUUGGUGGCUUUAUUGACUGCACAUCCAAUUUCGAGGUCGAACAGGACGAAAUGUCGCGUGCUAACCCACCUGUCCACUUGACUCGCGAGCUGUGGUGCGCGAAGCUGAUGCUUGGUUCUAUCGAUGCCUCCUAUGAUGUCAAGGACGAAGCCAGCAGUGCUCCACCCCGUCCAGGGCCUCCUCCGGGCCAGUUCGGCGGCUACAGCCAACCUCCCGCACCAAGCUACGGAUCGUCUGCGCCCUACAACCCGGGGCAACAGGCCUACAGUCCCGCACCUUACCCCCCAUCCAGCCAAGCACCAGGCGGCUACGGGCAGCAACCGCCAUACGGACAACAGCCACCAUACGGACAACAACCGCCAUACGGGCAGCAGCCGCCAUAUGGGCAACCACCGCAGGGGCAGCCACCGCAGCCCUACGGCCAGCCGCCGCAACAACCUCCACAGCCUUAUGGUCAACAGCAGUACGGUCAGCCACCGCAGCCACCGUAUGGACAACGGCCUCCUCAGGGUCCUCCGUCUGGUUACCCGGGUCAGCAACCCGCUUACGGGCAGCCGCCUAGGUACUGA